GCGUGGGGGACAGGAAUGGGGAAGUUGGAGAGUUCGGGUGCUUCCUGCCCCGCACCCAGUUGCCUGCCGCUUGCCGCAGGGCUUCUGGCGGGGCUUGUUGGGGCGGAGCCGCGCUCCCUACGGUCGCGUUCACUGCUCAGCGUGAGGCGCGAAGGGAGGGCGUGUGGGGAGCUGUCGGAGGUGUCCGAGCCCGCGGCAGUGCGGCUCGCUCGGGAGCGGGUGGGCUCGAGCUGUCGCCGGCGCCGCGCGUCCCUGCCGCGCACUCGGCGUGUUGGCUGCGCCCUGCGGGCCCGGCCGAGGGGCUGCAGCCGGCGUGGUGGGGAAGCUGGCUUCGGCUUCGGAGCGGGGCCGCGUUUCCGAGCGCCGUCGUCCGUCGGGGGCCGUGCGCGCGCGGGUGCAUGGACGCGGGCGCGCGCCACCGGUCCUCGCGGACUGAAGUGCGCCGGGUCCGCCGAGGGCGUGGGGGCCGUCGGGGGCUUCGGGAGGAGAGCGGGGAGCGCUCUCAGGAGCGGGUGGUGCUGGAGCCGGACCUCGUGCGUCCCCGGGGGCGGGCGUUAGCGCUGUGCUGGGAGCCGCGCGGGAAGACGUGAGGGGAGGGCGCGCGGGGUGAGAGGAGAAGUAGCCGGAAGCCGUUGGAAAAGAAGGUGCGAGAGUUUCGGCUGCGCGCGGGAGGCCGUGUACUCACUGGUUGGUUAAGUAAGGCUGAGCCCUCCGGCUGAGCUGGUGCCGCCGUCCCCGUCAGUGGUUCUGGUCUCUCCGUCGUGCUCCCGCUGCUCAUCGCGGCGCUCGGUUCGCGCGGACACCUGCGUGCGCGGCCGCACCCCUGCCACUCCCUACCCCGGUGACCGGACUCCUCAGAGCAGGAGCGUCCCCUGUGCCCCUAAGUGCUGUCGACUUUCCGACCUGCUGUAGCCAGGCGUGUGUCACGGCUGCUCUGAGGCACCGACGGGGUCGCCAGCACUGCCAGAUCCCAGUGAGCGCUGGGAAAUCCUCCUGCUGACGCGUUUAACUUUUAGUCGUAUCAGCUACUCGAUGACGCGCUCCUCUCCAUUGGCUUUGUGGCCACUCUGUCCCUACUUACCUCCUUAUUUCCCUAAUUUUUUGUAGUCCUGAUUUUCCUGUGCCUUCUUGGGUUCUUUAGAUGAGGAGGAGUUCGUUUAUUGCUUUUAUUUUAAAUACUGAGGACCAAAGAGAGGCCAAAGAAAGUGAUGUAAUUACUACAGUAGUCUGCUCUGAUUCUUCCCGGCUGAUUUCUUGUCCGUUCAUUGCCUUUUCCUGAUUCCCGGAAAUGAUUUUUCUAAAAAUGCAAUUUCUGUGCUUGUUCCCAAAAGGGUUUUACUUUGGGCUUUUCAGUGCCUUAAAAGAGUCCAAGCUCCUCUGGGAAGCCUUUCCUCCUCUGCCUCUCUUCCAAACCGGAAUUACAUCCCCUCCGUAUUUCCGUCCCGGUGUGUGUGCUGGGUGAAACACGUGUGAAUGGGAGCGAGUCAUCUUUGCCUUCCUAUACCCAGGACGGUGUAAGGAAGGCAGGGAAAGGACAGGGAGAGGAGUUACAAUGCUAUGGCAUUAGGCUUGGCGACAAGAUAGUAUGGAUGAGAAGUAAGGGUUUAGCAAAAAGGUAACAUGGGAAGGAAAGAGUUUGUCAACUUGCCGUUGCCCAAAGAUACCGUCUUCAAGGUUCUUGAUCACGGAGGCCUCCCCAAAAGGAACCUCGAGUGCUGCCCCUGAUAUGUACAUGGUGAUUUAUAAAUUACAUACAUGGAAUGAUGUAUUCCUGUAUAUUAUGAAACAAAAAUUAAAGGAUGGGGCAAAAAAAAUUGUGAAAAUAAAUUCCAAUAUUUUCUUCAAAUCUCAGUAAAUGAGUUCAUUCUCCUCUGGAGGCCUCUAACCUGAAGGAUGGAUCCCAGACUUACUGCAGCAUACGAGAUCUUCUGUGAUCUGGCCUCUAGCCGUCCCUCCAGCCCAUCUGUCACCAGUACCAGCUACCUCUGUACUCUCCUUUAACCUUCUUCAUCCUCCAAAUUAACUUAUUUUUCAAUGCUUUAUGAACCAGUAAGAUGCAAGUAGUUAUUUUAUAUCUCUGUGGUGUUGCAUCUGCGUGGAGUGGCCACUGUCUGCACGGCAAACUCCUAUCGACACUUCAGUUCUUGCUCCAAUAUUAUCUCUUCUGAAGCCUUCCCCAGCGUCCCCAGAGCCAUUACCAAGAGUUGUGAAAGAUGUUGCAAGGACACAGGCAAGGGGCUGUGUCUGAAAAGCACGAAUCAAAGUGAUCAAAGGAAAGAACAAACUCUGGGUCGUACUUUACCAUUUACAAAGGCUUUGAGUGCAUUUGUUGCAUCGUGCACCCUUACAACAACCCUGUGAGGAGCUCAAAGAUUGAGAGAUGUAUCGGAUUCCACAUGGCUGGUAAAAGAUUUCCAACCGAUACCAUACAGCGCUCAAAAUGGAUCAGGGCUGUUAAUCGUGUGGACCCCAGAAGCAAAAAGAUUUGGAUCCCAGGACCAGGUGCUAUUCUAUGUUCCAAACAUUUUCAAGAAAGUGACUUUGAGUCAUAUGGCAUAAGAAGAAAGCUGAAAAAAGGAGCUGUGCCUUCUGUUUCUCUAUACAAGGUUCUUCAGGGUGUACAUCUUAAAGGCAAAGCAAGACAGAAAAUCCUAAAACAACCACUUCCCGAUAAUUCGCAAGAGGUUGCCACCGAGGACCAUAACUACAGUUUAAAGAGGCCUCUGACGAUAGGCGCAGAGAAGCUGGCUGAGGUGCAACAGAUGCUCCAAGUGUCCAAAAAAAGACUGGUCUCUGUGAAAAACUACAGGAUGAUCAAGAAGAGAAAGGGCUUACGACUGAUCGAUGCUCUCGUAGACGAGAAACUACUUUCUGAAGAGACAGAGUGUCUGCUCCGAGCACAGUUUUCAGAUUUUAAGUGGGAGUUGUAUAACUGGAGAGAAACAGCUGAGUACUCCACAGAAAUGAAACAGUUUGCAUGUACACUCUACUUGUGCAGUAGCAAAGUCUAUGAUUAUGUAAGAAAGAUUCUCAAGCUGCCUCAUUCUUCCAUCCUCAGGACAUGGUUAUCCAAAUGCAAACCCAGUCCAGGUUUCAACAGCAACGUUUUUUCUUUUCUUCAACAAAGAGUAGAGAAUGGAGACCAGCGGUAUCAGUAUUGCUCACUGGCCAUAAAAGGCGUCUCUCUCAAGCAACAACUUCAGUGGGACCCCAGCAGCCACCAUUUGCAAGGGUUUAUGGACUUCGGCCUUGGCAUACUUGAUGCCGAUGAAACGCCGCUCGCCUCCGAAACUGUUUUGUUAAUGGCAGUGGGUAUUUGUGGUCACUGGAGAACACCUCUUGGUUAUUUUUUUGUAAACAGGGCGUCUGGAUAUUUGCAAGCUCAGCUGCUGCGUCUCACCAUUGGCAAACUGAGUGACAUAGGGAUCACGGUUCUGGCCGUCACGUCUGAUGCUACAGCUCACAGCGUGCAGAUGGCAAAAGCGCUGGGGAUACACAUGGACGGAGACGACAUGAAGUGUACCUUCCAGCACCCUUCAUCUUCUAGUCAGCAGAUCGCAUACUUCUUUGAUUCUUGCCACUUGCUCAGGUUAAUACGAAACGCGUUUCAGAACUUGCAGAGCAUUCAGUUCAUUAAUGGCACGGCACAUUGGUGGCACCUUGUGGAGUUAGCAGCGCUGGGGGAGCAGGAAUUAGCCGGCAUGGAAGGGCUGCCAGGAAGACUUGCCAAUCUGAAAAACCACGUCCUGAAGAUGAACUGUGCUGCCCAGGUGUUCAGUGAGAGCGUGGCGGGGGCGUUGGAGUGCUUGCUCUCACUAGGCCUGCCUCCUUUUCAGAACUGUAUUGGUACUGUCCAUUUUUUACGCUUAAUUAACAACCUGUUUGACAUUUUUAAUAGUAGGAACUGUUAUGGAAAAGGACUUAAAGGGCCUCUGCUGCCUGAGACUUACAGUAAAAUUAAUCGUGUGCUAAUCGAAGCCAAGACUAUCUUUGUGACGUUAUCUGAUGCUAGCAACAAUCAAAUAAUUAAAGGUAAGCGAAAACUAGGAUUCCUGGGAUUUUUACUUAAUGCUGAGAGCUUAAAGUGGCUCUACCAGAAUUAUGUUUUCCCUAAGGUCAUGCCUUUUCCCUAUCUUCUGACUUACAAAUUCAGUCAAGACCAUCUGGAAUUAUUUCUGAAGAUGCUUAGGCAGGUAUUAGUAACCAGUUCUGCCCCUACCUGUAUGGCAUUCCAGGCGGCUUACCAUAGUUUGGAGACCAGAUACAGAUUACAGGACGAAGUUUUUCUAAGUGAAGUAAGCAUCCUUGACAUUUCACUUGCUCGAAGGACAGACUUGGCCCUGUGGACAGUUCAACGUCAGUAUGGUGUCAGCGUUGUAGAGAGUCUUUUUCACAAAGAGGAUAUUUGCCAAGACUGGUCUGAUUGUUCUCUAAGUGAGGCAUUACUCGAUCUGUCUGAUCACAGGCGAAAACUCACCUGUUGUGCUGGUUAUAUUGCAAACAAGUUAUCGGCUCUUUUAACUUGUGAGGACUGCAUCAGUGCCCUGUAUGCUUCCGAUCUCAAAGUUGCGAAAAUUGGGUCACUGUUGUGUGUUAAAAAGAAGAAUGGUUUGCAUUUCCCUUCAGAAAGUCUUUGUCAAGUCAUAAAUACUUGCGAGCGGAUUGUGAGAACCCACUCAAGGAUGGCAGUCUGUGAACUGCUUCCUAAACAGAGAGACUUGUUUCUGCAGCAGAAAAUUUUAUGUGAGCUUUCCGGGCAUCUUUAUCUUUUUGUAGAUUUAGAUGAGCAUCUCUUCGAUGGAGAAGUGUGCGCCGUCAAUCACUUUGUAAAGUUACUAAAGGAUAUCAUAGUCUGUUUCUUAAAGAUCAGAGCUAACGAUGCAGCGCAGUACCCUUGGAAACACCAUUCAGAAAGACCCGAAAUGAAAACUUUCUCAAGGAAACGCUGGUCAUCUUUACAGGAUUACAGAUGUUCGGGUUUCGCUAAUACCAAUAAAUUCAGGCAUUUGUUGAGUAAUGACGGAUAUCCGUUCAAAUGAGGAACCUAAGAUAUGUCCAGGUUUUUGUAAAGAAUAAUUGGUCAGCAUUUUGUGUAGUUGAAUUUACUGUAUUUUAUAAAUUGACCAUUCUGCACAGUUGACAAGUUUGUAAUUCUGACUCACUAGAAUUUCGAAUUUUGCGUAUUAUAAAAUCUCGUACUUUGGUUGGCAGCAUUUCAGUUACUUGGAACGUAGAAAGCUGUAGGUCAGCGGGACGGACUAGCCGACAGACGCUGCCUUUGAAUACACUACUUCGACUGGGCAAUGGGACCGGACAUACUUUUAACCUGUUCCGUCUAUUUUAAAGCGAGAGAAUAACAACAACUGAGAGUCAUUAAAACAUUGACUCUUACAAAUAGACUACCUUCCCUAAAAGCGCUUUGGUUUACAGCUGCUAAGAGUGUUAACAGAAAAAUU